AUAAUUUCCGGUUUUAUCUAACGUCCAAAUUCAGAAAUCAUAACAAGGUCAUUUUCGACGUCGCUGUUCCUCUCUGGCAUUUGCGUGCUGUGAAUUAGAAGUGUUGUACUACAGGCCGUAUAUUGUUCGAGUGAGUCACCAGUCAGUAUUCCUAGAAUGGAAGUUCAGACUGUGGAUGAUGAUGUUAUCUGCUUGUCAGAUGAUGAUUGUGAUGAGAGUAUCAUUUUCAUUGAAGAGGUUUCUGGCACAUCUAAGAAGCAGUGGGAUGAUCCUAUAAAAAGCAAAAUGAAGCCAGUCACACCAAUUGAAACAUUGAAACAAAAUACUCCCAGUUGUUCACUACAUAACCGCAAGAUGACAAUGAUGCCCAGUCAUGAUUUGGUGGUAGAAGUUGGUAACACAUCAAAGCAACAUUCUGUGCAAUGUAUGGGAGUACCAACAUCAAUGAAACAAACAUCAUCAAUUGAACAAACGCACAGUUUUCCUCUACACAAGAACAUGGUGACGAAAUCUCCUGUUCACAAUUUAAUGGAGGUCGAUAACACAUCAAAGUCAGCCAACCAACUUUCACUAGUAACGCAAACUAAAACUCGUUUAGUACACAGUGAGAGCAAUAUGGAGUCAUCCAGUCAACAUUCCAAUAACACACUUAUUGAAACCAACAAGUCUUUUAUUCAGAAUGCUGAGUUGGAGAUAUGUGUGCCUGGAUCAUUGAAGAAACGGUCUGUCAAAGUUAAAAAUAACCCUCCGUCAUCAGAAAAAGUACUUUGUUCAUUCAAUGAAUCAAGUUUGGUGACAGAAUUAUCGUCCAAGCUUUCUGUACAAACUGUGGCUGAGAAGCAAGUUCAGACUCAAAAAACUUUGCCCAGUUGUCCUGUUGAGCUAACUAGACAAAAGUGUCCUUUUAUUGGCUGUAGAUUUACAUGUAUACAGAAGCUAUUUCCAGAAACCAUGGUGAUGCACCUUCAGCAGGCUAACCAUACACAAUUGAACUUUACUGGAAUCUUUGAAUUUGCUAACAAGUUAUCAGCGAAUGAAGGUGAUAGUGAGAGUACAGUUGUACCAUUACCAAUUCAAGAAAAGUGUUAUGAUGCCAUUAUGGACAUAAUCUUAGAAAAGAAUGUCACUGGUUUUAUCUGUGUUGAAUGCAACCAAGGAUUUGAUCUGAAGGACAAAACUGAAAUGAACACUCAUAUUUUAGGAUGCAAAGCACGGUUUAUACCAAACCCGUCUGGUAGUAUGACAUCCAUAUUAGACACUCUGGUCCUUUCACCAUGGAUGUGUUUCCACUGCGGUACUACUUUGACUAAAAGUCAGAUGAACACUCAUAAUGAUGUGUGCCCAAAGAAUAAUCCACAGCAACCAUUGUGGACAAAAUGCACUACAAUUAAGGAUCUCCUUGUCACCUGCAACAAGUUACUUUCACAACACAGUUAUCUGCAGACACAAAAGAAGAGACAAUGUGAAGAGGAGAACUCAUCCUCCAAGAAACGUAGAUUAGAAAUGCCAUGUAUGGAGACGCCACCUCUGAGCAGUGCUUUCCAAGAUAAAACUGUAAAUAAAAAAGGCCUUGAUAUCAAAGUGACAUUGAACAACAAAACCAGUCAAGCUGCGGCUCUGAAGACUGCAAAUCCACAACUUCCUUCCACUAGUAUUCCCUUAACAAGUUUCAGCAUUCAUAGGAGAAGAAACAGAAAUAAUAACAACAGUAAAAGUGUGUAUGGAAAUAAGAAACCAUUACCUAGUCUUCCCCCUUAUCCCGCCGGUUUGGGAUAUCAUUUUCAGGCUCAGAAAAAUGUGCCAGGAAAUUUUAACUUUAAUAAUCGCACAGUGAACCCAUUUCUAUGUUUUGGUGGAAUGCAGACUACAGCUUUGUAUGGUUCUAGUAACAGAUAUGCAAGACCUUUUGGUACCAGAGCUUAUCACUCCAGUAGUACCAGCAAGCCUGCAACUCUGUCUGUUCCUGGAUCUCUCGGCAAGUGUGAUGUCAACCAAAAUAUCGCCAGUGCUUCUGUUCCUUCACAGGAAGUUCUUGGGACAGUUUCCAGUCAUAAGAACAGUAAUUCUUCAACACCCACUAACUGGAUUGGACCAUCAAUGAAAUUUUUGGAAUCAAUGGCCCAGAUUAUUUUGGUGGAUCUUGAUAAUUGGCCAAGUUUCUUCAGUCGACUCAUGGCACCACUGCCUGACAAAACAUUUGUUUGGGGUUUCCAUGCUCAGAAAACUAACUGGUACCAACCACGUAACUGUAUGGCUUUUGAUAAGAUCUGUCAACAGGGAUGCUUUCAGCUUCAUCCACAGAGUGGUAAUACUAAGGAUGCAGCAGAUUUUGCACUUUGUAUGCAGGUAUGUUAUUUUAGGUUUAGGAUUGGUUAG